GGGCCUAUAUUAAGCCUGUUUACAUACAUGCCGAAACGUGAUUUGGUCCCGAACAAGUCCCGAACCGCUAACGUUCGUCUGUGUUGUAUGGAAGUAGUGUUGCCACAAUGGUAUCUACUUCACUGUGCCUGUCAAACUGACGUGUAAAUAUGGGAAAGUCGCGAAACCAAUGUAAUUUAUCAUUAAUAAUACAAAAAUGUGUCGAAAAGGAUCAUAAUAAAUGAUCAAAUUAGAGCUAUCCCAAUGAUACUCAGUUAUUUGUAGCAUACUAUAUUUAUUUGGAAGGUAGUUUUCCUACAUUCUAGUCAGAAAUGUUCCUGUUGGGCUCAAGUUUGGGAUUUGAUAGUUUAGACAAUUUUUACGUGCAAUUUUUAGCUGAGACUGUAUUGUAUCUUAGAAGUUUCGCAUUGUAUAUAAGUUUGUGGGUUUUGGGGUAUUUGUUGGUGUGUUGUGUGGUGUAUCGGCGGUACGCACGACGGCUACCGACGAGGUCUCGGGGGGCGCUGCGAACGAAACGAGUGUUGAUCGUGGUAGCACACCCAGAUGACGAGUGCAUGUUCUUCGGCCCUACUAUAUUUAGAUUGUGCGAGCAGGAUGCAGAUGUGUAUUUACUCUGUCUCUCUAAUGGCAACAAUGAGGGCAAGGGAAAAAUACGUAGCAAAGAGCUAUGGCUUGCAUGUUCUGAGCUUGGAGUACCUGACAGGAACAUAUGCCUCGUCACAGAUACACGACUCCCGGACAACCCAAAAGCGCACUGGCCAGUGGCUGUCAUUGCCAAGCUGAUACAGCAUCAAUUGGAGUCUCUGGACAUAGACACACUAGUGUCAUUUGAUAGGGGUGGGGUUUCCUCACACCCGAACCAUUCAGCAGUAUUUUAUGCUAUAGCUUAUAUGUUUGUUGAGAAACUUUUGCCUGCAAGGUGCACAGUUUACACAUUAGACACUGUAAAUAUAUUAAGAAAAUACUGGGGCUUCUUAGAUCUUCCACUCAGCUUUGUUUUGUCUUCCAAAAGAUACUUCCUCCGCUGGACGGAGUCCCGACGCGUAGUCCGCGCCAUGAAGCAGCACCGAUCACAGAUGGUGUGGUUUCGGCAUUUGUAUGUUAUGUUCUCUCGUUACAUGGUCAUCAAUACGCUGCGCCGCAUCAACUUGGCAGAUAUAGAGCUCGAGUUGGAAGUUGAUGAUUGAAGCAACUUGUUAAUCACUUGGUACAAUAGAUAUUGCAGUUAGUACCCAUGAUACUAACCACUCCUAACAUAAAUCACGUGAGCGACAGAAGCCUUAGAUGCUUAUAUUAUUGUCUUUAGUUUGUGUGUGACAGUUGGUUUUUAAACAAUAGAUUUUUGAUAUUUCUUGGUUAAAAAAAUGAUUACGAAAUUAGAUAUUUUCUAAUUUUCACCAAUUUCUUAGCUAUGGUAAUAUCUAGGUAUAGAGGCCUGAUCACACUGGAUGAAUGCACGUAGACGUGCAUAUGGCGUUGCAAUAUACAGAUCCUUAUAACAUGGCACACCGCUUGCGUGACGUGUGCGUGCACGGCUCCAACAUUUUAGCGCAAACGUGCAUAUUUACUCACGCGUGCAUGUCCACGCACAACGCAGCCGGUGUGCUCUGGCUUUAACCCUUAACCUUUACAACACACCAAAGAGAAUUUGAAAUAGAGGUGGAUUGUCAAAGUUAACUUUGUAGCCACAGUAAAUUAAUGUAUUGCCAUCUUUCGACGCAUGAUUAAAACUAUUAGAACGCUAUUGCCCGAAAAGAUGACGCCAUACCUUUGUAGUGAGUGAGUGUGGCUACAAAGUUUACUUUAACAAUCCACCUCGAUUUCAAAUUUUCUUUGCAACACACCAUGUAGCCCUUAGUUAUACUUAUCAAAAACAUUACUAGAUGUCGCUAGCAUUUCCGCAGAUUACUUCCUCGUAGUUCUAGUCAUCUCAGCUUUCGAAAACUAUUUAUACAUUUUGCUAUGGAGUUAUGGUCAUAGUAAAUAGAACUAAGAUUAUAAAUAAAAUAAAAUCUACAGCUUGUACAGUCAGCGACGUCAGCGUCAAUAUUAGCGGAUGGAACAACGCGUCAAAAGUAUUUUCCAGCCAAUACUUUUCCGAGUCAAGAUCAAUGUAUACAGUUCUCGUUCUAAAUUAUUAACUAUAAUAGUUAUUUUACAUAUAUGGUAGUUACUUUUGAGGCUGACUGUAUUAAUUCCUGAAAAUGUUGUUCUAAGGAUUGUGGUCAAUUAAAGAGUCUGCCGCCUGUUGUUUGUUACUAAAUAAGUUAUCCUUUCUGUUAUAAAAUAUAAUUUAAAAAUAAAAGUGUGUUAUAUAAAUAUAAUUUACAAAUAUUUUAUUGCAUUGCCGAAGGCAAGGCUCAGGCUGACGCAACUAGGAACAAAAUAAGUUUUGUAUGGAACUUGUUUCGCAAAUCUUUGCCAACGAAGAAAAAUAAAACGUCAGUGCUAUUUAUUCUGUCAAGUUUACAUCAAGUCAACUGUCAGCCUAAUUGUUUUGUUUGUUAUGAAGGCUUCAAUGUUUUGUUCGGGUAUUUCGUGCAAUUUCUUUAUUAUUUAGUGAAAAUAUCGAAAAUAGUGAACCGUGAUCAGAGUAAACAACGAGUUUGUUACAAUGCCACCGAGAAAACGGUUUACUAAGUGUGAAAUAUGUGGCAAGUGAGCCACUCGAGAAAAUCACGAAAAAAGGGAUUUUAUGGCGAAAUUUCCCUUGGAUAAAGACCGGUACGUAUUGCUUUAGAUACUUUUGACCUUAUUUUGGUGCAGCAGGCUUUAAACACAUCGAAAAUUUGAUAUUUUAUAUUAUUUUUAGUUGUGAACUAGGGAUGUACUAAAACUAUCGAUAAUUGUAUGUUUAUUUGUAUAUCAGUGUAAGUAAUAAAAUAAAAUAUGUGAAAUUUCCUGAGAACUUGCAUGCAAUAUGACACAAAAUUAAUUCGUCGAAGAUUUUCAGUGGAAAAUUAUCUAUCAUCUAUGCAUUAAUGGUCAUUAUUUAACAUAUUUGAUUUGAUUUAUAGAUGCAUAUCAGCGCUAAAUAAUCAGUUGAUCAUCUCAUUAGCAAACACUUGGAAUAUAAACUGUACAUAACCAAGGCUGUAUGUUUUCAGAUGCAGGCAGUGGGUUAAAUUUGUUGGGAACGAAGACUUGAUACAUCUUCCCAUAAAAAAGUUACAUUUAUUGAAACAUGUAUCUGCAGCUAUUUUCAAAAUGAUGAAAAUAGUGCUUUUGAUAAAAAAAAAUAAGAAAAAAAAUAGUGAAGGAUUUUAUAAUUACAAUCUGAGUGUAACGAGGUAUUCUAAAAUAGAAUGCUAGCGUAGUGAGGGAUUCAACUGUUAACGCCUAUGGGUGGUAUUCCACCUAUGCAAUUUCUUUGUCCAAUGUGUAUUGCGUCUCACAUUUUGAUUAAUGACAGAGAGAGACGCAAUGACAUUGGACCAAGAAAUUGGAUAGGUGGAAUACCACCCUAAGGUGGAAAUAUUUUUGCUACCACGUGAUAAAUUUACAUACUGCUUUUCACAUCACCUAUGAGGAAAUUAUUAUGGAACAAAUAAAUAAAUAAAUUUAAUUAAUGGUAAUUAAAUUAAAUAAUUUAACCUAAGAAGUAUGCAAAAAGAGGAAAAAAGUGAUCCCUCCUAGUAGGGAAAAAAAGUGCUACUUUGGUGGUGAAGAACAACAAGGUGUUCUAAAAAAAAUCGAGUCCACAUUAAGCUCGACCACGUAUUAGUCCACUCAUAGAACUAUCCACUAUAUAACAUAAAACUUAAAUGUGGACUCGAUCCUAACUUGAUUUCGAGUACAAAAUUUGUAGACAAGAGUCUAUAUUUCAACCCUCCCCAUUUUAUCGAUAUCGAUAAGAAACGCAAGCGUGUAGCGUACUACACUAUUUAAAUUGCUUAUGUUGGUACUAUGGUUCUUUGACAGUUCUUUGUCGUACAUUUUGGUAAUGAUUUGCGAAACAAAGGGAUUCCACUCGCUAGUAUGGAAGUCCCGUCUCUUAAAACGUAGUGAUUAUAUGCUCUUUGGCAAGGCUUUCUGAAGAUUAUCAAACUUUGAAUGUACCUAUUUGGAAAAAUAUAUAAGUUGGAAUUGCCAUAUUAAAAUGUAAAAUAGAUUUAUUAUUAUUAGGUAUGUAUAUAAAUAAAUAUAUUGUACAACGACCGGUUGUUGUUGUUUUGACGACCGGUCUGGCCUAGUGGGUAGUGACCCUGCUUAUGAAGCCAAUGGUCUCAGGUUCAAAUCCUGGUAAGGGCAUUUAUUCGUGUGAUGAGUAUGGAUAUUUGUUCCUGAGUCAUGGAUGUUUUCUAUGUAUUUAAGUAUUUAUAUAUUAUAUAUCGUUGUCUAAGUACCCUCAACAGAAGCCUUAUUGAGCUUAUUGUGGGACUUAGUCAAUUUUGUGUAAUAAUGUCCUAUAAAAUUUAUUUAUUUAUUUAAUAUAGAAGUAAUGUUGGUUAAAUGUCUUUAGGUAUGUUUAUGAUUAUGAUCUUUCAAUUUUCAACAAGUGAAAUGGUAAUUCAUCUAUUUGUUGUCGUUGUUGCAGAACGGCAGAUGAAGUAUAGUCGCUCAAACAACUUUGUCAGUAGAAAAAGGCGCGAAAUUCAAUUUUUCUAUGGCAGGAUAACUACGCGCCUAUUUUUUAAAUUUGUCGCUGUUUCUACUGACGGAAAUGGCUUGACUGACUUUAACCUAUCUUAAGACUUCUAUAGACGUUCUAAAAAAUGCUAUGCGAUUUUAGAUAAUUGCCGGCUAAUAGUGUUUACAGACGGGCGUACCGGACCGCGACCUUGGUGCGGCCAAAAUAUUUAUUUUUCGCUCUCACUUACUAAAGCGCCAAUUACAUCCACUCUUCCCGAUUUCGGGCCGGAUAAUCAUUUUCGUUUCACGGAAUGUCAUCCAUCACAUCAUUAACAAUAUUUGAAAUAUGUAAAAAAUACUUUAUAUCUAAUUGCCAAAAGUAUUCAAUGUUUGAUAUUUUUGCAUAUGAACCAUUUUUUUACAUUUCAAAUAUGUAUUGUAAACGAUGUGCUGAUAUUUGGUGAAACGGAAAAAUAUUAUUUCUCGGGUCCGAAAUCGGGUCGAUAAAGUGUGGAUUUAAUUGGCACUUAACUGACAUAACACAUGAUCAAACGUGCGCUGGACAAGAAAAGGCCCUGCCAGGGAUCGGAACCGGUUUUUUGGAAAAACUUUGAAAUAUACAUAUAUUUCGGUUUAUUUUAUACUCCAAAUAUAGGACUCGGUUGUUUUUAGAUAACGACUUCGUAUUAUUAGAUUGCCCAAUUAGAAAUGAAAUAAUUAACAAAGAACGAAAAAAUACCGUUUUCGUUCCCAUACAAAAAAUACCGGUUUCCGAUCCCUGGGCCCUGCUAAGUGGGAGCAGCGCAUAGACAUACAAUAUAACCGAAAAUCGUAUGCCACUAUCGAUGACGUUUGUAGAGGCCAUUAAAAUGAACACCCGAGAUUCGAAUCAAAAUUGAAUAACUCCACUUAUCGACACGUUUAAUUUAAAAUGUGAGAGUACAUAAUAUAUUUUCGGGGAGCUUUCCUUUUUGAUUGGUAUAAAAUAAAAUAAAAUCUUGUUCGAAUCGAGCAUAGUUAGUUUAUAAAGUUCAUUCUGUUAUUACGAAGGCAUUUUAUCAUCACAUUUUAACUCGGUGUGAAUAAUACUUUUAUUUUUGAGAACUCUUGAGCUUUCUUUACCCUAAAGAAAAUCUGCAACAGCAUUUUGUUGAUAUUUUAUAUUAAUUUUAUGUACAAUAAAAAGUUUUUGCCUACUGCAUUUUAAUAAUAAAAGACCAAUCGCU